CGGUGUGAAUUUAGGAUCUGCCCCCUGACGCCAUCUUAUGGUGGAAGAGGUGGCUCCGGGAGAGAGAAGAGUGGUGAGAAGUGAUGGUCUGCAUAGUGAGAGGUGGGGUAGGGAAAUGUCUCAGGGACCUGUUUCUGACUUUGACCUGAUGAAUGCUUUGGAUUGGAGAGACGGCAUUGCAACCCUUCCUGGAAGUCACAUUAGGUUUCGUCUCAGCGAGUUUGGGACCCUAGAAAUCAUCACAGAUUCUGAUUCUGUUGUGACAGCCACAUUACCCCAAAGCGGCCAGGCUUUUGGGACAGAUACCCACACCUCCAGUGUAUCAAUCUUUAGCCAAGUGAUUAAAAUUGAAGACAAAGAUCCAGAGAUGGAGAAAAAGACAACAGAGGAAAGUUUACCUACUGUUCAGCCAGCAGAGGAACAGCCAACUGCACCAGUUCCUCCAACUGUAGCCUCUGGCUCCUCUACAUACAUUGAAAAUGAGCGUCCCCAGAGACUGCGUAGGAAAAGGAAACUUCUUAUGGACUCGGGAGAUGAAGAGGAUUUACUGGAUGAUGAAGAGAUGAACCACUGGCAUGAUAAAAUCAAGGCCAAUUUAAAGAGUCGAAAAACCUCAAAGCAAACAAAGACAGCUCCGCCACCUAAGAAAAAAUUAUGGAAUUGGGUCUCUUACCUAGAGGAGGAGAAGAUGCCAGCAGUUCCACUAAAAUGUUUUAAAGAGCAUCAAUCUUUCCCACAAUCCCGAAAUAAUUUUAGGGGUGGAAUGAAGCUGGAGGGAAUAGAUCCAGAGCACCCAUCCCUGUAUUGUGUUCUGACUGUUGCAGAGGUUCAAGGUUACAGAAUGCGGCUCCAUUUUGAUGGGUAUCCUGACUGCUAUGACUUUUGGGUUAAUGCUGAUUCGGUUGAUAUUCACCCUGUGGGAUGGUGUGAAAGGACAGGACACAAACUGCUGCCUCCCAAAGGUUAUAAAGAUGGAGAGUUUAGUUGGGCUGCUUACUUAAAACACUGCAAAGCUCAAGGGGCUCCGAAAACACUCUUUAAAAGUUACAACACGCCUGUUACUCCAUCGGGUUUCCGGGCAGCUAUGAAACUGGAAGCUGUAGAUCGUAAAAAUCCUUCAUUACUUUGUGUAGCAACAAUUUCAGAUAUUGUGGAGAACAGACUUCUUAUUCACUUCGACAGUUGGGACCACAGCUAUGACUAUUGGUGUGAUGCAAGCAGCCCAUAUAUCAGGCCAGUUGGGUACUGUCAAGAAUCUGCAAUUGCUCUGACCCCACCACCAGAAUAUAAAGAUCCAAAAUGUUUCACCUGGGAAGCUUAUCUUGAAAAAACUGGAGCUCAGGCAGCACCAGCACGAGCCUUCAAACCACGCCCCCCUCAUGGGUAUCAGCCACAAAUGAAGCUAGAAGCAGUGGACCAAAGAAAUCCUAUGUUAAUCAGAGUCUGCAGCACUGUCCAGAAAGAUGAUAACCGCAUUAAGUUGCAUUUUGAUGGAUGGAGUUCCCUGUAUGAUUUUUGGGUGGAUGUUGACAGCCCUGAUAUUCACCCUGUAGGAUGGUGUGCAAAGACUGGACACGCACUCCAGUUGCCUCCUGGUGCCUCAGACAUGGCUGCUGUAGCCGGGCAGGGAUGUCCCAUUGCUGGCUGUACAGGAAUUGGGCAUGUAAGGGGAUCCAGAUAUGGCACACAUUACACUGCUGUGGGCUGCCCAUACUCAGAAGUUAAUCUGAAUAGAGAGAAUUUGCUACAGGAUCGUCUUAGCGGGGAGCGGCCAUCACCAGUACAAAACGCAACUCGUUCACGUAGGCCAGGGACACCUAGUCCUACAACAGAUUCCAGUGACUUCCCCCAAUCAAGAAAAUCUCCAAUUCCAGUAGAGGAACGCUGGGGACGGAGCAAUCCGUGGGAGGGAACUGAGUGGUUAGAAGAGGAAACUGAAACUAAACCACAGAUCAAGAGGGGAUCUCACACCUACAUUCGCCUGCAGAUUAUUAAACAAGAGACCGAUGGAACAGACUGUGAAGUCAGUUUGGAGCAAGCUUUACACCAGUCAGUGUUCAUGACCUCCUUAUCUUCUGAUCCUGGGCAUCGCAUCCACAUGUGCUGGGAGCAGCAGUGUUACCUGCUUCCUGAGGUAUCGUCGUAUACAGCCCAAAGUGUCGGCAAGUGGAGUGCCGAUGAGGUAGCUCAGUUUGUACACCAGCUUCCAGGGUGUACAGAACAAUCCUCGGUAUUCAGAGAUGAGCAAAUAGACGGAGAAGCUUUUCUGCUUCUGACUCAGAACGACCUGGUGAAGAUACUCGGCCUCAAACUGGGACCAGCCCUGAAAAUCUACAACUCGAUCCUCAUGUUUCACACUUUAACUCAGGACUAAAUUUCAUAGCUAGAGACUUUUCAAACAGAGAGGAAAAGUGACUCAAAGUCUUAGAAAAAAGUCUCAGAAAAAUGAAAAAAAACUCCUUGGAGCAUUUGGACUCUUUGAAUAAUAUGGCUGACAAAAACAAGAAUAGAGCUAAAGUCACAUCCAUAAUUGGACUAAGUUAAGGAUGUGAUAUACCUGCAAAAAUUAAUGCUUCUACAUAUACUAAUUAUAAAUGUAGUUAAAACUGGCACUGUAGGAAUUAGUAUAAUAAUGGACAUUGAAUGCUUAACCUGCAGUGCCAUAUUGCUCUGUAUUUUCAGAGAUUCUUUCACAUUGGGGAAUCUGUUCUUGCUUAUUUGUAAAUGGCAAUUUCUAUUGGACACUCCCUUGGGAUGCAUCUAUUAUAUUAGGCACUUCCAGAUAUCUGUGAACGCCCUAUUUUGGAAAGCAAGUGGAUUGCAAGUCAUGAGAUUCCUCAUUUAGAAGAAUGUACUUCUUACAUUUCAUUGCUUGUAAAAGCCUAAUAAACUGCAUUCAUCUCUCCUUGCUA